CUGAGAUCACAUCAGAGAACCUCCAGAGGACAUCCAGAACCUUCACAUUGGGGUUUAUAUUCCACCCAACUGAAUAUGUGGCUCAUCUUGAUCCUUCUAAGCUUUGCCACUUCUGCCUCCUGCCAAACUCACCCCCCACCCACCUACUCCUGCCGACCUGCCAAGAAACCAGAAUGCGAUGAACUCGAUUUUGUCCCCGGGCACAAUCUUCUUGGUCAAGGCUUUGAUAUUGUGACCAUGAAGCAGACCAGGGCUCACCUGCUGGAUCUCCAGAAGUAUUCUACUGAGGACAAAAACUGCUCGGUCUGUCACAACCCAUAUAUGGGCAUGACUUGGCAAAAGCUUCCCCUGGCAAUGGUGGGCUGGAGGCCGAAGUCAAUCUGCUCUAAGAAGAUUAACAGUAAGAUCUCCCAAUCUUCUACGUCGCUGGCCGAGGAUUCUGCAUCUGGGGUGAAGAAUGACUGGAAAGCUGGUCUAGAGCUCGGCCCUAACGAGGUGACCGCCAACCUGGUAAUGGCUGGUUCCCAGUCAGAAGCGGCAAAGUUUGGUGAGAGUAAGACCAGCAAAGACCGGUACAGCUUCAUCAAGCACCAUCUGAGCUGUGUCUAUUACAGCUUCCGGCUUUCAAAGCUCAUUCUACCGAUGAGCAAAGAUCUAAAACGGGCCUUGGAGUCUCUGCCACCGACUUAUGAUGCCACCACUAAAGCUCAAUACCGACGACUAAUUAGCAUCUACGGCACUCAUUAUAUCAACCAAGCAGAUGUAGGAGGCCAAGUGGUGGAGGUCAACGCCAUCAAGACCUGUCAAGUCACCAUGGAUGGCAUGCCAAUGGAGGAGCUGAAGGAUUGUCUUAACAUGGAGGCCUCGGUUUCUGUCACUGGGAAAAGUGAAUCGAAUGCCACAGCUCGCACCUGCGAGAAACUAAAGCAAACAUCCAACAGGGGGGAGAGUUUCCAUCAGAAGUUCAAUGAGAGGAGUUGGGAGGCAAGAGGAGGAAAGAUCACAUUUGAACAGCUCUCUUUUGACGUUAAGAAUGGAGAAGGUGCGACCUCUUUCAAGACCUGGAUGGAAAGCCUAAAGACUGACCCCGAUAUCGUAUCCUACUCUCUGGAGCCCAUCCACCACCUGGUUGAAGACAACAGACCUCAGAGAGAGAGCCUACAGGAAGCCAUCAGUGAUUACAUCUUGGAGAAGGCCCUGAGUAAGAACUGCUCUUGCCCAUCGGGUUCACAGCCGAGUCCCGGUAGAAAGUGCAACUGCGUUUGUCCUGAUGGUCAAGGCAAAAAUAUAAACUGUUGCCCCUUAAAAAGAGGACUUGCCAAAGUGGUGGUCACUGUAAAAAAGGGCUCAGACCUUUGGGGGGACUACACCUCGAAGACUGAUGCCUAUGUAGUAAUAAGCGUUGGACCAAAUUCUACUCGAACACCGACCAAAUGGAACAAUGAUAAUCCAAUCUGGAACACACGGUUUGACCUCGGAGUUUUGGAACUUAGUCUAGGGCUUAGCUUGAAGGUGGAGGUUUGGGAUGAGGAUAAUAAGUAUGAUGAUGACCUGCUUGGAAAAUGUGAAAAACCAGUCAACAAUGGAGUGAGGGAGGAGAUUUGUUACUUUCAAUAUGGCAGUGUGGCUUUUAACGUGACUGUACAAUGCCUCCCCCACCUGACUGGGCCCCUCUGUAGAAACUAUGCUUCUUCCGCCAGUGUCAUGACCUUGCAGUAAUACUUUCAUGACCUGUCUGUCUCUUACCUUGUCUGUGUAUCAGCCUUAGGGCUUGCUCUCUCACACCUGCAUGGUUAAGUAAUCUUCCCUCAGUGUGGCUCCACCCUCGCCUCAACAGGAACCACUAUUUAACACCAUGCUCUCCAAGACGGCCUUGCCGUGCAAUAUUGUGUGUUUGGUUUCCUGUUUGCCGUGUGCUCUACGUUUGUCUCUGUUACCAAUCUUCGCGUGUUCCCGACCAUCCCUGCUUGCUUGUGACCCUGACCUUUGGCGCGUUCUCGACUAUCCCUGUCUGCUUGUGACCCUUGACCUUUUGCUUGUUCACUGUUUAUCCUUGUCUGCUUGUCGCCCCGACCUUUAGCUUAUCCUCCUAUAACCUACCCUGAUCGUGAGCUGGAAGACCCUGGGGGCCGCGACCUGGAGUCAGCUGCAGCGAAGUCCAUCCUCACCACUAGAGACUCUGGUG